CAAAAGAUCAUAAGGUGGCAACAACACGCCAAACCAAAAAGUUUUUUACGAGAGACUGAUGGAUAACAAUUUGUUCGGGAGUGAUGAGUCCAUGUCAAAAGCGUCAAUGGUUGGAAUUUGUUUCCUUUCUUCAAAUCGGGAAGAGCUAUUCAUCAUCUUGUAUGCACGCAGAUAUUAAGUCUUUCUUGUUCAAAGAGGAAAACUGUAACAAUUGUAUUUGUUAAAUGAAAUCAAUUGUGAAGAAGUUGAAGCAGAGUCUGAGAUCUGGAUCGUCAGAGAAAAGGAAGGAAAAGGAAAAAGACAUUCAGGAAGAAAGGUGUUUCUUGGAAAACGGAAGCAUCUUCUUGAAAGAACUUAUUGCUGAUUGUAACGGUAAAUCCAUUCCUAUACGUAGCUUUUCUUCUGAUCAGAUCUUGAAAGCUACAAGUAACUUCGGUUCCAGUUGUUUUGUAACCGCAGAGGGGUUCUACGUGUGGUACAAAGGUAUCAUAGAAGAUAGAUCUUACAUGAUCAAGAAAUUCUCCGAGUAUAAAGUUACUCAUUACAGAGUAGCAGAGGUUUACAACGAGAUUGUUUUGUCUGCUCGGAUGAGCAACCACAACAACUUUCUUAAACUAGUAGGAUUCUGUCUUGAGUUUUGUCUUCCGGUUCUUGUGUUUGAAUAUGCAGAGCAUGGAGUUUUGAAUCACAGAGGAGGUGUUAUGGUUAACGGUGAGGAAUAUAUAUUGCCUUUGAGUUUAAGGUUGAAGAUUGGAAAGGAGAUUGCAAAUGCUGUGACUUAUCUUCACAUGGCGUUCCCCAAGAUCCUCAUACAUAGACACAUUAAUCCAAGGAAUGUUUUUUUGGACAAGAGUUGGACCGCAAAGUUGUCUGAUUUCUCCAUCUCCAUAAACAUCCCUGAGGGAAAAUCAAGGAUAGAAGUUGAAUGCGUUCAGGGAACAAUCGGGUACCUCGAUCCAGUAUAUUAUACCACGAAAAUGGUGACGGAAUAUACCGAUGUGUACAGCUUUGGAGUCUUCUUGAUGGUUAUUCUCACUGGUAAACCAGCUCUUGCAUCCACUAGCUCUGAUGGGGACUACAAACAUAUUGCUGGCUAUGUGAAAGGCUUUCAUGAGAAUGGGCAGCUCGAUGGAAUAAUAGAUUCAAAGGUGAUGAAAGACAUUACAAGUGCUCAAAAAGUGCUUGUGGAAGCGUGUGUGGUGUUAGGGCUGAGAUGUUGUGAGCUGAGAGAUGAAAACAGACCGAAGAUGAUCCAAAUAGCUAAAGAACUCAAGCAGAUUGAGGCAUUAUUUUGGAGAUCCUAGCAUGAGCAACCAUAGCAACUUUCUCAAGCUCUUUGGAUGUUGCUGGAGUUCCUUUUGUGGUUCUUGUGUUUCAAGUCAUAAUCCAUCGAGGAGCUAUUAAAGUUAACAGGGAGGAAGCUUUAUUUCCGUGGAGUGCGCGGUUGAAGAUUGGAAAAGAGAUUGCAAAUGCAUUGACUUAUCUUCGCAUGACGUUUCCUAAGAUCCGCCCAAAUUGUUGGGGUUGAAAAGGAUCCUACCUGUUACAAUUAAUUCAUUGUUUUCCACGGCAAUAAUGAAUAGCAAAUUGCUUCUUCUUUUUUU